AUGUCCACCCAACUCCAACACAAUAUAAGUGGGGAUACUGCAUCGGUACUGCAGAAAAUUCUUCAAAGCCUUGGUAGAAUAGAAUCUCGGCAAAAAGACAUGAUAAAUCGGUUAUCAGCCGUAGAAAGCACUCUUGCUGAGAAGAUGCCAGAACGUGCGGGGAUCCAAGCACAAGGACAAUUGUUGGGGGAGUGUAAGGUGCUCUCGGCAAAAACCCACCGCAGUGUAAGCCGCAUCACUGGCGAAGGAGUGAGGGAGGAGCAGAUUCUGCUGCAAAGCUUGCUCCCUAUGUCGUCAGAGGAAACAUUGCUGGAGGUGGAGGAGCACCUUACACACCAAGCUUACUCUAACGCUAUGGCGUCAAUUAUCUUAAAUCUAAAAUCUACCAAGGGCUCGAUAGAGAAAGUGAUGCAGUCCUUAUACAACUACGAUGGAAAAGCGGGAAAAAAGGCCUUAAAUAAAUUAAGAAUAGUGGAUUUAUUUAUAGCUGCAUUUGCAAAUAUCCAUGAUAAGAAAAUUUUAGCUGUAAGACACUUUGCUAAUUUAAGCCAUAAUCGAUGUAAACAUGUAAGUCGUAACAUUUAUUAUUAUAUUUAUGGUAUUGGUUAG